CCCCCUCCUGUUACAGGAAGAGCUGAGUGCGCUUAUCAUCCUCGGGACUGCAGAAAAGGUCUUUUGGGCUGAGCCAGUUUCUCCUACCUACACCCUUCCGGGAUAGGAUUUGGGGAACGUCCGGGGAAGGGCCCUUGUCCCUGCCCAAGAGGGAGGGAAGAAAACGGCUUCCACCUGCCGCAGUGCCGACGUCUGAGUGCCCGAGGAAGGCUCAGUCCCGCUUGGCUGUCCGCUCCCAAAGGCUUCAGUUGGUCUGUUUCCUUGCUCCACGCUUCGUCUUCCCUCCUCCCUCGCCUCUUCUUGCUUGCCGGCGAUGUCUCCCCUCGUGGCUCGGACGCUCGUGGCCGCCGUCUCGGCUCUGGCCCUUGGCGUUUUCGUUUCGACCGGCGCCCAAGAAGCAGCAUCAACAACAGCAACAGCGGCAACGGCGUCCCCGUCGGUCGGAGGGCACUUCGCUCAGGAUCUCUUCGCCGUCUUCGGAGGGAACCGGAGCCUCUCGAGCGAGCAGGUGGGCCGGAUGCUGCAGAAGUUGGGCGCCCGGCAGAAACAGAGCGAGUUCUUGGCUCCGGGAUCGCUGGCGCAUCUGCGCUACAACCAGUGCAUGUCUUCUGAAGAUAUUUUUUCUCUGUAUGGAAUAUCAAACAGUACCAGGCUAAUGGAAUCCUCCUUCUCUACAAUAUGCCCUGCUGUCUUACAACAAGUGAUCUUUCACCCCUGUGAAAAAGGCCCCAAAGUCAAUUCCAAGCCAUCUCCUACAGAAGUUUGGGGCUUUGGAUUCCUUGCUGUGACUAUAAUCAGCCUUGCGUCACUUCUUGGAUUGGUUUUAACACCUCUUUUAAAGAAGGACUAUUUCCCUAAGAUUUUAACCUACUUUGUAGGUUUGGCCAUUGGAACGCUCUUCUCUAAUGCAAUUUUUCAACUUAUUCCAGAGGCAUUUGGAUUUGAUCCCAAAGAAGAUAACUAUGUUGAAAAAGCAGUUGCAAUUUUUGGUGGAUUCUACAUCUUAUUCUUUGUGGAAAGAAUUCUUAAAAUGAUAUUGAAGACCUAUAGUCAAAUGGGCCACAGUCAUUUUGAGCCUCAAGAACUGAAACUUCCUCGAGAUUGUUCUGCACCUCCUGCUCCUGUAGAAUCAAUCAAACCAGUUAAUGGAACCAUGUGCUAUGCAAAUCCAGCUGUAGCAGAAGCUAAUGGAAACUUGGGUUUUGAUAAUGUCAGUGUGAUCUCUGGACAGAAAGAAGAAAUGCAAAGUAGUUCAUGCAAGUGUUUGAAAGGGCCUUCCCUAUCUGAGAUUGGUACAAUUGCCUGGAUGAUCACAUUAAGCGAUGCUUUGCACAACUUCAUUGAUGGAUUAGCCAUUGGAGCUUCUUUCACACUUUCCCUACUUCAGGGAAUUAGCACAUCUAUAGCCAUUUUAUGUGAAGAGUUUCCUCAUGAAUUAGGGGAUUUUGUCAUCCUUCUUAAUGCAGGAAUGAGCACAAGGCAGGCCUUGUUUUUCAAUUUUUUAUCAGCAUGCUCUUGUUAUAUUGGCCUAGUUUUUGGCAUAAUUGUAGGCAACAACUUCGCUCCAAACAUCAUUUUUGCAGUAGCUGGAGGCAUGUUUCUAUACAUCUCCCUUGCAGAUAUGUUUCCAGAGAUGAACGACAUGUUGAGAGAAAAAGUAACUGGAAGAAAAACAGAUCUGGUUUUUUUCCUGAUUCAAAAUGCUGGCUUGCUCACAGGGUUUACAGCAAUCCUGCUCAUCACUCUCUACGCAGGAGAAAUUGAACUGGAAUAAUGUGACAAGGAAGACAAUUUACUAGGUGAAAAUGGAAGCGCUUCAGAAAGGAACUUGAAAGUAAUAAAAGGCACCUUGUUUGCUUCCCUGAUGGAACACAACUUUUUUUUCAUGAAAAUAAUAUAUAUAAAUAUAAAAAUAAUAUAUAAAAAUAAUUUUCUAAUAUGCAUUCUAGGAUAGCAUUUUCCUCUGUGUGUUUGUCCUAUGUUAGUCACUUUUAUAUCAGAGAGCAACAAUUUAGUGGGAUAAGAGGACUAAGUUAUGAAAGGGUUUGUCUGAAAAACAGACAGACAUUUAUUAUUUAUGUCAAUGAAAAUGUGCUACCAAACCUCUAUAUCAGAAAAGCCCCUGGUUUCGAACUUUGUACUGAGAUCUGUUUUAAGGUACGUGUGCAGCAUAAUUCAGGCUGAAAUGGUUUACUGUAUAGAUCAAUCCUUUAUAAAAAUAUACAGAAAAUUCAGUCCCAUUUUAAGGUAUGUGUUUAUAGCAUUUUAACCACAUAGGGGACUCCUCCGAGUAGGAGAAAUCACACUGUCAUUUCAGUAUCCUGCUGGCCUAUCGCCUUCCUGAAUGAGCAUUACAUACUUUGUUCAUUAAUUUUUAUGAAAAUGAUAUGGCAACUGGAAGACUCUGAUUUUACAGAUCUCUAGCUUUUGGAAAAUGGUUUGUUCUGCCUGCUAGGACUGAAGGAAUACCAAUUUUCUCCUCCUCCUCCUCCUCCUCCUCCCCCUUUCCCCUCCCGCUUCCCCCUCCUCCUCCUGACCCUCCCCCUCUCUCUUCCUCAUCACCCUGCUCCUCCCCUUUUCCUCUUUUUAGAGAAAUCACUGCCUUUUUUUUACUACAGUGUAAUUCAAAAUAGGUUUAAAAAUUUCCACCACAGAAAUUAUUAAUUUGAAAAUAAACAAACAUUUUUCGCAAGAUCUUAAAAAUCAUGCAGAAAUUCCAAUUUCUAAUUAACAUUGGUUUAAUUGGACUUCCUUUUAUUUAUUUAUUUUUAUUUCUUUCAUGCUUAUGGGAAUGGCAUUAAAAAUAAAUUUAAAAGCUGGCGAAAAAAAUUCACCAACUUUUUAAUAAUUAAUAACAUUUAUUUUUAAAGGAAGAAUUAAACAGUAGACAGCCAUGAAACAUUGGAUUUUUAUUACUGACUUUCAACACAAAUGAGCCACAGUCAGCAUUCUAAACUGUUAAAGUUUCUUGUUAUAAAUUCCUUAGAAAUGGAAAGGAUAGGAAAACUAUGACUUUUGGCUGAAUUGCAUGUCUAGAUAUGCUCUAAAUAUUGAUUGCCUGUGUACACUUUUGAUAUAUAAACAAAGCUCUCAUAAGAAUUGUGUUCCAAUUUUAAUGGAAAGUCCAGCUUCAGUUCCAAACAUUAAAUAAGAAGCCGGGUCAGGUAAAUGUUCCAUAUGAUUGCUAACCCAAUAUUUAGGAAUGCAUCAUUGUGCUCAACAGUCUAACUCCAUGAUGGUGAACCUAUGGCACGCCUGCCAGAAGUGGCACACAGAGCCAUCUCUCUGGACACCUGAGUCGUUGCCCAUUGCUCUUCUGGGUUCCGGCAUGCUGGCCAUCUGGUCUUCACAUAUGUGGGAGUGCCGGAAACAGGAACAUCAGCCGCUGGGUGCACAUGCACGUGCCGGGCAGCUGCUCUUCCAAUUUCCAGUGCAUGCAUGUGCACCGGCCACCUGGUCUUAUGGCUUCUGGGAUGCAUGCUGGCGUGAAGACCAUGUGGAUGGUGCGCAUGUGUGUGCUGGAAACCAGAAGAUCAUCUUCCUGGUGUGCGCAUGUGCACCAGACAGCUGCUGGUCUUUGUGCGUACAUGCGUGCCAGAAACCGGAAGACCAGAUGGCCAGUGCAUAUUCAUGCACCAGAAACCAACAGACCAGCUGCUCCAGGCCACCCCAGGGCGCACAUGUACCCCAGGUAGCUGCUCUUUCAGUUUCUGGCACGCACGAUCCCGUUUCAGCACUUGGUGCCGAAAGGUUAGCCAACACUGACUGAACUGGUUCAUAACCAAUAUAAUUUAUUCUAGCGGAAGAACAGUUCUUCAGUCUUUUAAGGAGAGGGAUCUUUCCUGGAAUUGCUAUAUUAAAUUCUUUAAUCAAGGGCCAAACAACUUAAAAAAAAUAUUUUGCUUUUUUUUUUAAGAGUAUGUCUCAACAAGCAUGGCUAUAAUAUAUGGAUAUUAUAGAAUGGGUCAAUGUAGAAAACAUUGACAAACUUGAGGGCCAAACAUUUACGUUUUCAAAAGCUUUACAUGCCCAUUUUAGCUUUUAUUUCCCCCAAAUUAUUCAUGUUGGCCCAAAUCAUUAUUUUCCCACCAUGAUUAAUGAAAACUUUUGGAGGAAUUAAGGAAUUAGAAGAAAGUUAUGGUAUUCCUAUUGAUUUAAUCCAGGAUCAAUGAAGAUGGACCUUUGCAUGUAUGGCAUGUAAUUAUCAUUUGGGUCCUGCCUAGAUAUAUGCACAGUUUUUAAAGGUCUUCAUACAUUUUAGUAAAGAAAACACAUUGUAUUCCUGCAUUUAUUUUUACAAAUUUGAUUUUACAUCUUGAUGGAUAUGUAUUUUUUCUUGCUGUAAUUUAGUUCUUAUUGGAAUUUAUGUGUAUUCUAAAAUAUAUGCAAAUUGAUUUUUUUUGCAAAUAAUAACAACAACACAAGAAACUUGAUACUGUGGACAGAAAGGAAGAAGAAAAUAAUGGCACUUUUCUUUUCCAUGUUACAGCAGUUUGGAGGAUAUGUGCAAUAUUUAUUACAAAUUAUGCAUAUUUUCUACAGUACUAGGUAAUUUCAACGGGGUCACUACUUUAUAGAUUCAUGGUAUACUUACCUACAUGAUUUUUGAGGUGAGAUCUGACUUUGUUAAUAUAUUUCCAGUGAAGGAAUAAAUUAGAUUUACAGAA